AUGGCCAUCAUCAGGGCGGUGGCGCGGGCGCUGUGUUGGGAGCGUGUGAGGCGGCGGAGCAGCGCACGGUGUCGCUGCAGGCUCAGGAACGGCGUGUGGGCGGCUCCGCCCCGGUGCGGCGGAGAGCCCGGCUGUGAGGGCGGGGGGGCGGCGCGGGCCGGGCAGCAGAGCCGCUGCGUCCGGGCGGCGGCGGGGAGCCGUGCGGGGCCCGUGCCGGGGCCGGCAGGCAGAGCGGCGGCGGCGGCGGCGUCAGGGAUGGGCGAGCGGCGGUGCGCGUUGUUGGUGCGGGUGCUGGUGCUGCAGGCGGCCUGGGCGGUGGCGGGCGGGCAGGUGCGCUACUCGGUGCCGGAGGAAGCGAAGGCCGGCACGGUGCUGGGCCGUCUGGCGCAGGACCUGGGCCUGGAGGCGGGCGAGGCGGAGGCGCGGCGGCUGCGGCUGGUGGCGCAGGGCCGGCGGGCGAGCGUGGAGGUGAGCGGGGCGAGCGGCGCGCUGGUGCUGAGCUCGCGGCUCGACCGGGAGGAGCUGUGCGGCAAGAGCGCGCCGUGCGCGCUGCGCCUGGAGGUGCUGGUGGAGCGGCCGCUGCGCGUCUUCCAUGUGGAGCUGGAGGUCACCGACAUCAACGACAAUGCCCCCGUCUUCCCCGCCGCCCGAAAAAACCUCAGCAUCACGGAAUUCACCACUCUACCAGGAUCUCGUUUCCCGCUGGAGGGCGCAUCGGAUGCGGAUAUCGGAGCGAAUGCUCAGCUCACCUAUACACUCAGUCCCAGCGAGCAUUUCUCUCUGGAUUUAGAAAAAACCGAGGAGGAUGGUGAGUCCUUAUUCCUGGUGCUCACGAAAUCUCUGGAUCGCGAGACAAUUCCCGUUCACCGGUUGGUUCUGACAGCGAGUGACGGGGGCCGGCCGUCUCUGACAGGCACCAUGGAGCUGGUGAUCUCGGUGCUGGAUGUGAACGACAACAUGCCGCAAUUCAACCUAUCAGUGUAUAAAGUGCAGCUGCCAGAAAAUGCAGAACGCGGUGCUUUGGUGAUCAGACUAAAUGCCACAGAUUUGGAUGAGGAGUUGAACAGUGAUAUCUCCUAUUCACUCCAGAUCCUGUCCCCGCAGGAUGGAAGAGACGUUUUCGGAAUUGACAGAAACAGUGGAGAGAUCCGCCUUAAGGAAAAAAUCGAGGAGGAUGUUGAGUCCUUAUUCCUGGUGCUCACGAAACCUCUGGACCGCGAGACAAUUCCCGUUCACCGGUUGUUGCUGGCAGCGAGUGACGGGGGCCGGCCGUCUCUGACAGGCACCAUGGAGCUGGUGAUCUCGGUGCUGGAUGUGAACGACAACGUGCCCCAGUUCAACCAGUCGGUGUAUAAAGUGCAGCUGCCAGAAAAUGCAGAACGCGGUGCUUUGGUGAUCAGACUAAAUGCCACAGAUUUGGAUGAGGAGUUGAACAGUGAUAUCUCCUAUUCACUCCAGAUCCUGUCCCCGCAGGAUGGAAGAGACGUUUUCGGAAUUGACAGAAACAGUGGAGAGAUCCGCCUUAAGGGUGACUUAGACUUUGAGGAUGUCAGUCUCUAUCGCCUGCAAGUGGAUGCGACAGAUAAAGGGACACCCCCGCUGUCGGGUCACUGCAAGGUGGUGCUGGAGGUGCUGGACGUGAACGACAACGCGCCGGAGGUGUGGGUGAAGUCGCUGUCGGUGCCGGUGUCGGAGGACGCGUCGGUGGGGACGGUGGUGGCCCUGCUGAGCGUGUCGGACCGGGACUCGGGGGCGAACGGUCGUGUGCGGUGCUGGGUGUGGCCGGCGUCGCCGUUCGGUCUGGAGGCGACGUUCGCGGGCUCGUACUCGCUGGUGCUGCGCGAGCUGGGCGCCGGGGCGGCGAGCGCGGCGACGAACGUGUGGCUGGUGGUGGCGAUCUGCGCCGUGUCGAGCCUGUUCCUGCUGGCCGUGGUGCUGUACGGGGCGUCGCGCUGGGCGCCGCGGGCGGCCGUGCUGUCGGGGCCCGGGCCCACGACGCUGGUGUGCGCCAGCGAAGUGGGCAGCUGGUCGUACUCGCAGCGCCACAGCCGCAGCCUGUGCGUGGCGGACGGCGCGGGCAAGAGCGACCUCAUGGUUUUCAGCCCCAACUUCCCUCCGCCGCCGCCGCCGCCUGGCCCCGCGGCCAAGGACACGCAGCCGGAGCCGUCUGCUUUCCUCGACACGGCUGUCCGUGCCUCGUUUGCAUACGCCUUGGGCUCAGGAACGGCGUGUGGGCGGCUCCGCCCCGGUGCGGCGGAGAGCCCGGCUGUGAGCGCGGGGGGGGCGGCGCGGGCCGGGCAGCAGAGCCGCUGCGUCCGGGCGGCGGCGGGGAGCCGUGCGGGGCCCGUGCCGGGGCCGGCAGGCAGAGCGGCGGCGGCGGCGGCGUCAGGGAUGGGCGAGCGGCGGUGCGCGUUGUUGGUGCGGGUGCUGGUGCUGCAGGCGGCCUGGGCGGUGGCGGGCGGGCAGGUGCGCUACUCGGUGCCGGAGGAAGCGAAGGCCGGCACGGUGCUGGGCCGUCUGGCGCAGGACCUGGGCCUGGAGGCGGGCGAGGCGGAGGCGCGGCGGCUGCGGCUGGUGGCGCAGGGCCGGCGGGCGAGCGUGGAGGUGAGCGGGGCGAGCGGCGCGCUGGUGCUGAGCUCGCGGCUCGACCGGGAGGAGCUGUGCGGCAAGAGCGCGCCGUGCGCGCUGCGCCUGGAGGUGCUGGUGGAGCGGCCGCUGCGCGUCUUCCAUGUGGAGCUGGAGGUCACCGACAUCAACGACAAUGCCCCCGUCUUCCCCGCCGCCCGAAAAAACCUCAGUUUAUCGGAGAACUCUCCUCCUGGGUUCCGUAUCCCGCUGGAGGGCGCAUCGGAUGCGGAUAUCGGAGCGAACGCUCAGCUGUCUUAUUCACUCAGCCCCAGCGAGUAUUUCGGCUUGGAAGUGAAAUCCAAAGACGAAAAUAAAAUGUAUGUAGUUCUCGUUUUAACGAAAUCUCUGGACCGCGAGACGAUUCCCGUUCACCGGUUGGUGCUGACAGCGAGUGACGGGGGCCGGCCGUCUCUGACAGGGACAAUGGAGCUGCUGAUCUCGGUGCUGGAUGCAAACGACAAUCCACCCCAUUUCAAUCAGUCGGUUUAUAAAGUUGACCUACCAGAAAAUACACCUCCAGGAACUCUGUUUUUCCAGCUAACAGCGACAGACAAAGAUGAGGGAACAAAUAGAGAAAUAUACUACUCUUUUAGCGACGCGAUUUAUUCCAAAAUUAAGGAUCUUUUCAGAAUUGACGAAAAAUCCGGGGAAAUACGGACUGCUGGCGAACUGGAUUUCGAGGACAUUCAGUCAUAUGACCUGGAGAUCGAAGCGAGAGAUAAAGGGACACCUCCCUUGUCAGGUCACUGCAGCGUUGAACUAAAG